AUGGAUGCCACUGAACUCUCAUUUGGGAUCGUGAAUGUGCUCCAGAUCAGCAAUGGGAUUUCAGUUAAUGUUUUCCUUCUCCUGUUUUAUAUCCACAUGGCCUCCACCAGCCACAGGCCUAGCUUCUCUGACCAGAUCCUAACCCAACUGGCCUUUGCCAAUAUCAUCAUCCUCCUUAGCAGGGGAAUCCCAGACACAGUAUCAGCCUUGGGGCUGAGAAAUUUCCUUGAUGAUGUUCGAUGUAAAAUCCUCCUGACAUCACCAUCAGCCCCGGAACCUUCUGGUGGGCAGAAGACAAAGCCCAAAUUACCCAAAUGCAUCAUCCCUUUGUGCAUCCUCUCCUGGGUCCUCAAUAUACUCACAUAUGUAACCGGCCCCCAGAACAGCAGCAGUGUUCGAAUCACAUUGGCUCUCAUGUAUUGCUCAAACGUUAGUGCCAGUGCAGGAAUCAACCUGGUUAUAGCAGUCAUUUUCCCUCUAAGAGACCUCUUCUUUAUGGAGCUCAUGAGCGUGGCCAGCGGUUACAUAGUAUUUGCCCUCUAUAGACACCACCAUCAGGUCCAGCACCUCCACGGGCCAGGUCGCUGUCAUAGGGUGAUGCCUGAGAUCAGAGUGGCCAAGAGAGUCAUUGCUCUGGUCACACUCUAUGCCCUCCUCUACAGGUGA